AUGCAAAGUUCGAACAGCGAGGAGCGAUGCGAGAGUGAGGGUGAGUAUGAAUUCGAGAGAGGAAAAGGGGUUUCUGUUUAUAUGUCUAGUAGAAACGAGCGAAUAGUAUACCUGGUACAUAUAUAUGGUCUUGUCUCUGUUGAUGGUGAUGGUGAUGGUGAAGAUGAGAGAUGA